UGUAUUAGUCAUUCGUAUUUUUUUAAUUCAAAUGCUUUUUUUUCUCGAUGUUGUUUUGCUGUAUGUCCGUAUUCUUCCUUAUGUGUUUUUGACCUGGUUUGGUUUCUUCUGUCCAGUGAUAUUGAAGUAUCUGACUUUUGUUUAUGCUCUUUUGUGGCAUGUUUUAUAAGUUUUAUUGGUAUGGUGAUACGGGAGGGAGAGGGCUUGACAUGAUUUGGUACAAUUUAAGUUGAAUAUUCAGAGGUAACUUAUGAAUUUUGAUAGUUACAAAAGGAAGUGGGUGGAAGCUUUCACUUCCUGGAAGAGGGAGCCAAAGGAGGCUCCGUACAGUUCUGAUAUUGUAAGUGAAACAGCAGAUUUGAGUACAAAGGAACAAAAUGUUUAUUUGCAUCCUCGAAAUCAGCACUUAGAUAUUUACACGAAGAGGGCUGCUUUAAAAGUUUCCACGUCUGUCGUCUGUCUUAAAUCAUACUCGGGGGAAAAGGAAAUAUUUCAAUGUUCUGGGACUAUUAUUGAAAGUGUUAACACUUAUAGCAUAAUAUUGACCACUGCAAGUCUUCUUAGGUGUUCCACAAGUAGAAAUGCUAUAGCAGAUAACAUCAAGGUUAUCGUGCACUUAUUUGAUGGCAGAUCAUUUGAUGGUCAAAUCGAGUCAUAUGACUUCCACUACAAUGUUGCUGCUAUAAAGAUUCUAUCAGACACACCACUUCCAAUUGCAUCCCUAGCUCAUUUAAGUGAUUCUAUCACGAUUGAUCCGAGUAAGCUCCGGGUUACUGAGGAAAAGCCAUUUCAACUUCGUCCGCAUUCGAGUUCAUUUAAUCUUAUUCCUGGAGAUUCAGUCAUUGCACUUAGUCGUUUUUAUACGAAGCCGUAUGAUAUCAUGGCUGCUCCUGGUGAAUUCAGCAUUGAUCGCUGCGACUAUGACUUCUUCGAUUGUAAAGAGCUUUUCAUGGCGAGUUGCAGAAUUAUGAGAUGCGGUAUUGGGGGGCCACUUAUUAACCGCUAUGGAGAAGUCAUUGGUAUCUGCUUUCAAGAUUUAGGCCGUGUUGCGUUCUUACCAAUCAAUAUAGCUUCCAUGUGGUGGGAGCAUUAUAAGGAAUAUAGGCAAUCACGCCGACCUUGGCUUGGGAUGGAAGUAACUAACCUUUAUGCAGCUGGCCUAGAAAUUCUGGAAAGAAUUAUUUCAAAGUUCCCUGACGUCUUGAAAGGUGUCAUUGUUGAAGAGGUGGUACCUGGUUCUUCUGCUGAAUCUGCUGGGAUAAAACAUAAUGAUGUUAUAAUUCAAUUUGGUGGAAAAAGAAUCCAAAGUUUCUUGGAGCUAUUCGAAAUCAUGUGGAAUAAUGUUGGAGAAUCUGUGGAGCUGACUGUGAUAAGAGCAAGUCUUGAUGUUCCUGUACAUCUUAGCAUGGUGGUGGAAGAAGCCACAUCGGAUAAAUUAUACAGCUGGCCACUUUGGAAGGCACGAUGAUGCAGAAUCUUGGGUGUCAAGAUCUUUGGUCAAUUAUCAGCACUGAUCCUGAAUUUGAUCUAUUAACACAAGAGGCUACUGGUUUUGGCAUUGUUGAAUCAGCAAACACUUGCCAAUAAUGCCUUCAUGCCUCUCAAGCCUAAUUAUGAUUAUCCCAUUCCCUUAUCCAGUGAUACAUUCUAGGUUUUCUGGUAGCUACUCCCACCCCAAGGUUUUGAAUAUUUUUUUCUUUUAGGAAUUUUUAAUAUGGGUUUUGCUAUGUAUUUUUCUCUGUGGAAUACGAGGGGGGGGGGGGGGGGGGGUUC